AUGAGAUGGCAAGGACACUUGCGUACUUUGGCUCACCGCCAAAAAUGCAGCGUGGUGCAGGAGCCAGGAGUAGAAAUGAUACAGACCUCCUUCCGUAACCGCAUAGUUACAUACCGUCUGGCGUCCACCGUUAACCCAACCGACGUUAAGGGCUUCUUGGACCACCUUAGGUCCAAAAUCCUUACGUUGGUAGAGUCGAACGUCCGACGCUACGGCAACGUAAAAGUCGGUAUGGAGCUAUUCGGAAACUUCCUCUUGCAGACGAAGGAACAAGAGGAGGUCAAGUCCUUCAAUACCAAAUAUCGGCUGGUGAGCGGAAACACCGAUCUGGAGGAGCUAUACGUCCAGUUCGUCGACAUCUUGGCUACCAAAGCGUCCGAGUUUCAGGAAAGGGACAGCGGCUGGGCGUUGCAGGAACUCCUCCAUUUAGAAAUAGGGAUUAACAAGUACAAUCCCCUAAGGGCGUCGUCCUAUGUUAGACUACCCAAGGAAAUCGAAGCCAAAAAAGCUGUUUUGAACUUGCAAAAUACGGACGAAAAAUGCUUUAUGUGGUCGAUCUUGGCUGCUCUUCACCCAAUUCACUGGACAAAUAACGCUAACAGGGUCAGUAACUAUGUAGAAUUUCAGAACGAGCUGGAUUUUACAGGUAUCGAUUUUCCCGUUAAACUUAAGGACAUAUCCACUUUUGAACGACUUAAUGAAAUUUCGGUCAAUGUCUAUGGCCUCGAGAGAGUCUAUAACAACUUAUUCGACAGAAGGGCGUUUUUCCAUAUACGUAUCUAGAUUCUUUUU